AUGACUGCCUCAGAAGGUCUCUUCCCAAACUCGUUGAUCUCAGAUGAAGUCAAGGCAUCUCUUCCAGAAGGCUACACUGUCCGAUCACUAGAGAGGACUGACUUUGCCAAAGGCUUCUUGGACUGUUUACGGGUCUUGACAUGGGUCGGAGAUCUCACAGAAGAAGAAUUCUAUGAACGCUACGAUGAAAUGAAUACGCAGGGGAAAGGCACCUACUACCUUAUUGUCAUCGAGUAUGAGGGUCGCAUUGUGGGCACAGGGAGCCUAAUUGUCGAGAAGAAAUUCAUUCAUAAUCGCGGUAUAUGCGGCCAUAUCGAAGAGGUCUCGAUAGCCAAGGAGCAUCAAGGAAAACACUUGGGCCAGAAAAUGUUAGCAUCCCUCGACUCCGUCGCUAAGAGUCUUGGAUGUUAUAAGUCAAUCCUCGAUUGCAGUCCGCAGAACGAGCCUUUCUACGUCAAGUGCAAUUACCACAACUCGGGCACGGAAAUGUCUCAUUACUACGAGGAGUGGAAGGAGCCAUAUUAUCGAGGUUGA